AUGCCAAAAACUUCGGCUUGUAUGCCCUGCGCAAAACGCAAGGUCCGCUGCGACCGACAAGAACCAUGCUCUCAUUGCAAGCGCCGCAAGAGAGAUGACUGCACCUAUCCUGACGUGUCGUCCGAAACACGCAUCAAGUAUCUCGAGGAGCUCGUCCGAAGCCUCGGGGGCAGCCCCGAGAGCGAAGAGAGUUCCGUGAAUACCGGGGCUAGCACUACUGCAUUAGUCCCGCUCAGAAAGCGAACGCUUCCAGUUCAACAUGAUCAAAAUUAUCACCGAAGAACCGACUGGGCCAGAUCUGCCCCAAACAAUGACCCGGUCAUUGUAGAAGAAGGUGGAGAGAGGGUAUAUUUGGAGGCUAUAGGUGCUCUACAAAACAUCAUUCAGUUUGACGAUACUAUUGAUCUGGCAAGCGAACAUCCCACGCCCGAAAAAGCCGCCGUUUUGUGGACUGCGUGCAAUCGGAAUGUGAUCCCUCUGGUGAAGAUUUUAUUCCAGUGGGAGCUUGACCAGAUGCGUUCGACAGCUUUAUCUCCCAAUGCGACCUAUGAAUUUCUUCCCCAGGAACAUGCUCUGUUUUUCGCGAUCUAUCUGAACACCGUCACAAGCCUAUCGGAAGACGAAUGCUUAGAGUCAUUGGGCCAGCCAAAGAAGUCGCUGCUGUCUAAAUACCGAGAAUUCUCAGAAAAUGCGUUUGCUCGGGCAGACUUCCUCGGGCGCUCCGAAGUGGCACUGGUGCAAGCUUCCAUUUUCUACAUCUCGGCAUCAAUAGAUGAACUUAGCACACGAAGUCUCUGGUCUUUCAUAGGGGUAGUAAUUCGCCACGCAGAAAGACUGGGCCUUCAUCGGGACGGUAUUCUCCUGAACCUUUCACCCGCCGAAACAGAGAAGCGACGACGCAUCUGGUGGCAGCUGCAACAUCUAGAUAUCAUUCUAGCUGUCAGAUCGGGAUCUAUAUCUCUGGUUUUGAUGGCCGACUGGGAUGUCAAACUGCCCUUGAAUAUUGAAGACGAAGACAUCAGUCCAACUUCCACGGACUUCCCACCGGAGCGCAAAGGACUCACGAGCAUGUCCUUCUGCCUCUGGACAUACUAUGUCCUAGAAACUCAACGCUCAUUCCGAAGACCUGACGGUUGUCGUGUAGGAGGGUCUUGGCAGGCCGAUAGGUCUUUGUCAGGCACGCAGAAAGAAGCAUUUAUGGAUGAGCUUGAAAAAGGCAUCAACGUCAAGUUCAUUCAAUAUUGCGACCCCGUCGUCCCACUCGAGCUUUUGAUUCUCAUUAUGUCGAGGGCAUUUAUGUGGGAUAUGCGUCGGCUAAUUUUACAUUCUGAUGAAAUCAUGCGAGACGCUUCUGAACCCGUCGACGAGCGUGGGAAGAAAGUGUUAACCGCGUGCGCUCGCUGUCUCGAGUACGAUGUUUAUCUCCAUUCUCAGAAAACACUUGAGAGAUUCUACUGGCGCGCAACAACCUUUUUUUCAUGGCAUGCUUUUGUCUAUGUGAUUGGCGACGCUUCACGGUACGGUGAUGGCUCUGAAGAAACCUGGGAGCUACUAGGCAAACUCUACUUAACCAAUUCGCAUCUUUCGAAUUUCGCAGACGACCGGAGAAAACCUCGUGCUGCUGACAUGAUUCUCAGUGUCUGGCAAACUUAUGAGAAAUCUUUCAGCGAAAGCCGACACACCAAGCCCCAACGGCCUGACUUUCUGAAGCAGCUGGAGGCGUUGUUGAUGGCGGGUAAAGUGCUGGCACAAAAUACCGACCAUCAGUCUCUCUCUAGCACCCAAGGUCCUGUAAUGGAUGCAAGUUACCUGCCUGAGGAAGCAGAGAAAAUCCCGGCAGAUUAUUCGCCUAUGAAUCUUACCUUUGAUCUAGAUCCGACCGAUAUCGAUUGGUCGUUCUGGAGCAACUGGAAGUGA